AUGGCGUCACUGGGUCCAGUGUUUCGCCGGCUUGGCACUAGCUUGGCGAACCACCGUGCCUCUCUCUCUUCGGAACUUGGUUCUUUAUGGGACUUCAUCAGGAUAGAUAAGGACCGACGACGCUCCGCGCCCUCCACCACCUACGAGUCCAUCGACUCGAAAUCCCCGGUAAAGCUGGCCAGGGACCUACUGCAGGUUGUCCAGGAGACUGUCUUAUGCAAGCGGCUAGAGGACACUCCAAAGCGGUGCCCCUUGGUCAAGGAGGAGUCCGAUCUAACCGCCUCUGACGACGAGGAGAGCGCCGACAACAGGAUCGCGAACCUCAUCGACUUCUUCUUCACUAUUGUGAAGAGUCAGAAGGAGAGUAGAAAGGGGAGUGGCGGCAGCUGCUUCAGGGGCGAGGCGAGCCCGGAAGAAGAAGAGAAGGCGGCUCCGAACCGCGUCAACACUGAACUGGAGAAGAAGAUGGAGACCCUGAUGGAGUUUUUGGCGACGACUGGGUGCAUGGAAAGCGAACGCGAGGGCAAGGACGAGAAGAAGAUAACCUUGAUGGAGUUCCUCUUCGGGCCGGACGAUGGGCGGUGGGCGAGGCCGUCUAUCGAGCUGAACGGCCGCGGCGUCAGCCUGUCUGAGUCCAAAGUGGACGUGCGCGACCUGGCCUACAUCGACGAGAGCCCCGCAGACCGCGAGGAGACCUUGGUCGAAAUGCUCCUCAAGUACAUGGAGGGAUACGGAGCCCGGGAAAAGGGCGGCGAAGCGGCAAAGUCGCUCUCCGUCACGCCUUCCCUGUCAGAGAAGUCGAAGUCCGACACCACCAUCAGCCGGCUGGAGACCUUCAGCGAUGUCAGCAAGACGAAGUCGGAUUCGACUCUGACAUACACCCAGGACACUGUGGUGGAGCGGGAGCGUGCAAACGGCCGCCGCGUUUCAGAGACCGUGGUCGAUCUGAGCUUUGUCAAAGAGGACCUGGAGGCGGUCUUCGAGGAGGCGACCCUCCGCGUCUGCGAGCUGAGGAUGAUGUUUGACGAGGACACGAUGAGCGAGCAAGAGGACCUGGAAAACUUCAACGCUUACACCAAGCCACCGGCUCUACAGUGCAUCCAGUGUCUUCCGUACAGCGUAGAGCUGUCAGACAUAAUGGAGGAGGAGGAGCCCUCCUCCAGGGGCUUAGACAGGGGAGAUGACGAGGACCGGCUGGCGCUAGCCCGGCGGCUAGCGGAGGACCUGGUCCGUUACAUAGAGGACAGGAUCCAGCGCUACCGUUUCGAGGACUCCGACGACGAGAGCAGCUGUCCGUCCACCGAGGACUACAGCAGGGAGUACGAGUUGAGCACGCGUUCAAUCAGCCUGAUCGAUCUGAGGAACAUACCGGACUUUGCGCCAAGCGCGAUCGCCAAGCCCAAAGUGCUCCGCCUGGACAAGUCCACGUCGACCACGGAGAUAUCCGAGUCCAUAUCGGAGCUGUACCGGAGGAUCGAUUCCGCAUGCAUGACAGAGGACACCGCACUAGGUUCGGGGGAACGGAGUGAGAGGGCAAUGGACAAGUUGGAGUCCCUACACAAGUUCUUCUCCAGGUCUCGCUUGGAGAUCAUCGACGAGAGCCUCGAGGAGAACGGUGAGAAGGCGACCAAAAAUCCAAAACAGAAGGCAGAGGGUAUGUACUUCAAUGGGAAAUCUAAAGAGGCGGGCGUGGUGGAAUGUAAAACUGGCCAAGCCAGUCUAGACGACGUGGAGGACUUGCAGGACGACAACGACGCCCCCACGGCGGACAAGGACGCCAGUGACAUUGACAGAUGUGUCAAUGACUUUGACAGGCGGGACAAUGACAUUGAAAUUGAAGACAAGUCACGU